UGCGGAAGUGGGCGUCGUUUCAUCUGAACCAAACUGGCUGGGAAAGCGACUGACGCGUGAUUGAGGCUGCAAAUAUGAACUUCAAAAUACGAGCUGCCAUAAAAGAUGACUGCAAGGAUAUUUCAAGAAUGAUAAUGGAGUUGGCUGUAUAUGAAAAAAUGUCUGAUCAGGUGAAGAUAUCUCACAAAGAACUGGAGCGUGAUGGCUUCUCCUCAAAUCCCUUCUUUCAGUGCCUGGUUGCAGAAGUGCCUGAGGAAAAUAAAUCGAAAGAGGGACAUACAGUUGUUGGGUACGCCCUUUACUUUUACACUUACAGUACAUGGAAGGGGCCGUCAGUCUACAUGGAAGAUCUGUACGUGAUGCCCGACUUCAGAGGACAAGGCAUUGGCAAGAGUUUAAUGAGCCAAGUGGCUCAGGUGGGGAAAGAGAAGCAGUGUGUGAGGCUGCAGUUGGCGGUACUGGACUGGAAUACUCCCUCUCUCGAUUUCUAUGUUUCAAAGGGAGCUCAGGACCUUACUGCGAGUGAAGGGUGGCACUUCCUUCGUUUUGACGGAGAAGCACUGGAUGAAUUAGCAAAUGAAGCUCCUAAAGAUUAGAAAUCUGAUUUAAUGUUGAAAUACUGUAAAAUAUCAAUAAAUGUUCUUGACCAUUUUCUUGUAGGUUUUCCAGCUGUAGCUUCUUAUGGUUAUGGCUUGUGAUCUUGGGUGCUCAAAUUGGCUGGUAAGCCAGGUAUUCUCAUGUAGCAAGUAUUGUCUGUGUCUGCUAUUUUUGUGCACAUAUUCACCGGUUCAUGGAACCUGCACAAUGCAUUUGCAAAAAUAAACCAUGAUUUCCACAACUAUUUUGCAACAAAGAUUCCUGUUGCAUAUGUGCAUUUGUGAAUGUGUAAAGAGGAUUUUACCUGGACCUUUGACUAAUUACACAAACCCAGCUCUGUAUGUGACACACAGUUCAUUCAUAGUGCAGGCAGAUCCUGUACAUGGCUGUAGGAUGUGGCUUGUUAGUAUCAGCAACAGUGUCAGCAACAUGAUAAAAGCAGAGAAUUACUCAGAACACAUACAUGCCAUCCAAAAGACAGGACCAAAUGUCUCCAGCAGGUGGCGAUCAACCAGCAGACAUGCGCUUGCUUGUGCUCCAGAAUUCAGUCAGCACAGUUUGUCCUGAUGAUUUUUUCAUGUCCAUGUGCACCUGCCCUUUUCCUGUGCAGGACUUCCAUCCUGC